AUGGUUCGCAAGAGGCAAGUCGAUAACCAGCCUCUGCUUGGCUUUGGCUCUAUCGUCAAAUCACACAGUACUAUUGCACAACAUCGAAAGGGCGUUGUGCCCUUCUUGGCUGUGUCCGCCGUCUUGGCGCUGCCUGAUAGAAUCGAAAAAGCCGCGCUUUAUCUUGGCAACUACAGCGAUGCCGGCCAGCCGGCUUAUCACGCAAGCCACUCUGCUGCUGUCGUCAACUCCAAUGGAGUCCGCAACCUGACGGACUGA